AUGCAGGGCGUUCUCACUUGCGCCGUUGCUCUCGUCGGAUUCGUGACUAUUGUCGAUUUCCCUGAAUUUGCAUCCAAUUCUUGGCUAGGCAUGAAGUUCCUCACCAAGGCCGAAUCCGACUUCGUGGUGGCCCGCAUCAACAAAGACCGCAGUGAUGCUCUCGCCGAGCCAUUCCAAUUGGGCAAGUAUCUAAAGCACGGCGCUGACCUGAAAGUCUGGGCCUUUGCCGCGCUCUGUGGGUUGACGACCACCAUUACCUACGCCAUUGCUUUCUUUUUGCCUAUUAUCCUACGGGAUGGUAUGGGUUUCAGUGUUGCGGCAGCACAAUGUUUGGUUGCUCCACCAUAUGUGCUUGCGGCAAUUGUCAUGUUCGGUAUGGCCUGGUUUGGUGACAAGUGGCAUAUUCGCUCUCCAUUCAUCCUUGCCAACGGCAUACUGGCGCUUAUCGGUCUUCCGCUCCUGGGCUUCGCCUCCAACGUCGGCGUACGAUACUUUGGCGUCUUUCUGGCAACUACAGCUGCCAACGCCAACGUCCCGUGUGUCCUUACCUGGCAAGCGAACAACAUUCGCGGGCAGUGGAAGCGCGCACUGUGCUCGGCCACGCUGGUCGGCUCCGGCGGUAUCGGUGGUAUCAUUGGUUCGGUGGUGUUCCGCAGCCAGGACGCCCCUGAGUACCGUCCUGGUAUCUAUUGCACGAUGACCGCCGCCGCACUGAUUAUCAUCAUCACCCUGACCCUUGAUUUCAAGUUCUGGCGGGCAAACAAGCGUGUUGAUGAUGGAGGCAAGAGUAUUGAGGGGCUGCAGGGAUUCAAGUAUACGCUGUAG